CUCUCAAGAGCAGAGCAAGCCAAGUGUCGUGAUUAGUCUGAUUCAUAUUUACAAACGCAGGUUUAAGAGCGCGCCAACAAAAGGAUGCAGACGGUAUCGGUGGACGAGACCAAAAACACGGUCGUGCUACGUGCUGAGCACCGGGACGAGGAAGGUCGAAAGGUUGUCGAUAAGUUCGAGUUGAAGACACGAAACCCGGAGACGAUCAAGCAAGUUGAGAAGAAGCUGAUGGAGAAAGGCGUGCAACGGAUGGAGAGGCACCCAGCCGACGGGAUCCCGCUCAAGAAACAGCCGAAGUCCGGUCACGGUGGGAAGUACACGUGGGAAGGGCCUGAUCGGGUGGAGGAUUACGAGAUGCAGCCGGAUCCGCCGGCCAUCGAUGAAGGUGAUCCGAACUACGACGAGGAGCAGGCGAAUAAGAAUACAGGUGGUGGUGGUGGUGGUGGUGAUGACGUGGCGGUGGAGCUUGUGAAAGGAGAGGUUGAGGUGGCGAAAGAGGCGCCGACAGGUGUUGCCAGGGUCGAGGUCGAUCCUCGCUUGAUCAGCUCUCCUUGAGCAAGCAAGAAAA